GGCAUCCCGCGCAGCUGCAUCUAAUACGCCUGAGCUGAAACAAAAACCUGGAAGCCAGGCAUGCAUCUGGUCAUGAAAUUGGCAUACGGGCAUGGCGUUAUCGAGCGAAAAUAUAGCAAUAUGGAAUAAUAGAACAGAUAAGGGAACAACCACAAGUUUAACUUAUUCGUAUCGUCGAAAAUAUUAAAGCGGUCGCCUAAUAAAUACAAUUCACUGAACAAUAUUUCGUGGAUUAAAUCCAGCGGUUGCUUUCGGAUCAUUUUAAUCCAGCACAAGCGAGACAACUUCGUUUCUCGUUAAAUCACAUCACGCGGACGAUGGCUUCCUCUGCACUCACUUUGUGAGAAAAGCCAGUUGUUGCCGACUGGGAUGACAGGGUAUUCACCUGCGUUUUUUUGUAGUAUUCCGACGGAUUAAAAAAUAUAUAGUUUAAGGAAAUACACGUGGAUACUGCUUCUUUUGAUGGCCGGAGGACUACAGGGCAGCCCUGUGGAUGUUUUAGAGAUGGGUUUUGAAGUAAAAUUAUGUAUAAUUUUUGUGCUACUGAGGGUGCUCUUCACGGAUUCAAGUCACAGCAAUCAAGUUGUUCUGUUGGAUACCACUUCAGUGCUUGGAGAGCUGGGCUGGAAAACGUAUCCCAUGAAUGGGUGGGACACAAUCACAGAGAUGGAUGAGCACAAUCGUCCUAUCCACACCUUCCAGGUGUGUCAUGUGAUGGAGCCCAGCCAGAACAACUGGCUGCGCUCCAACUGGAUCCCCCGCGACGCAGCGCAGAAGGUAUACGUUGAGCUGAAGUUCACCCUCCGCGACUGCAACAGCAUCCCCUGGGUGUCCGGCGCCUGCAAAGAGACCUUCAACCUAUACUACCUGGAGGCAGACGACUCACAUGGCCUGAGGUUCAGGACGAGCCAGUACACCAAGAUCGACACCAUCGCGGCCGAUGAGAGCUUCACGCAGACGGACCUGGGCGACCGCAUCCUCAAGCUGAACACCGAGGUGCGGGAGGUGGGGCCCAUCACCCAGAAGGGCUUCUUCCUGGCCUUCCAGGACAUAGGGGCCUGCAUCGCCCUAGUGUCCGUGCGUGUCUAUUACAAGAAGUGCCCUUCCACCUUCCGGAACCUGGCCACCUUCCCGGACACCGUCCCCCGGGUGGACUCGUCCUCGCUGGUGGAGGUGCGGGGGGCGUGCGUGAAGAACGCCGAGGAGAGAGACACGCCCAAGCUGUACUGCGGGGCUGACGGGGACUGGCUCGUCCCCCUGGGCCGUUGCGUCUGCAGCGUGGGCUACGAGGAGCUGGAAGGAAACUGCUUCGCUUGUAAGCCUGGGUUCUACAAAGCAUUUGCCGGAAACAUCAAGUGCACCAAGUGCCCACCUCACAGCUUCAGCCAUGAGGAGGGGUCCCCAUUCUGCCAAUGUGAAAAUGGCUUCUUCAGGGCAGGCAGAGAUCCUCCAACCAUGGCCUGCACCAGACCUCCAUCCCCUCCUCGCAACCUGGUCUUCAACAUCAACGAGACCUCACUCUACUUGGAGUGGAGCCCACCCAGCGACAGCGGGGGCAGGAAGGACCUCACCUAUAACGUCCUGUGCAAGAGGUGCGGCUCGGACCUGCGACAGUGCGAGCUCUGCAGCGGGGGCCUACGCUUCGUGCCCCGCCCGCAGGGCCUGACCAACGCCUCGGUCACCGUGCUCGACUUCUCCGGCCACUCCAACUACACCUUCGAGAUCGAGUCCCUCAAUGGCGUGUCUGAGCUCAGCUCCGUUCCACGGCCCGUGGCGGCCAUCACCGUCAGCACUGACCAGGGUGGUCCCUCACUGGUGGGCCUGGUCAAGAAGGACUGGUCUUCUCAGAACAGCAUCGCCCUCUCCUGGCCAGAACCAGAACAGCCCAACGUGAUGGUAGUUGACUAUGAGGUCAAGUACUACGAAAAGGAACACGAGCAGCUCAGCUACUCCUCCACCCGAACCAAGACCCCCAGCGCCAUCAUCACGGGCCUCAAACCUGCCACCCGCUACGUCUUCCACGUCCGCGCCCACACCUCCUCCGGAUACAGCAGCUACAGCCCCAAGUUCGAGUUUGAGACUGGGGACGAGAGCUCUGACAUGGCCGCUGAUCAGGGUCAAGUGCUGGUCAUCGUCACAGCAGCAGUGGGAGGGUUCGCCUUGUUGGUCAUUCUUACGCUGUUCUUCCUCAUUACCGGCAGGUGCCAGUGGUACAUCAAAGCCAAGAUGAAGUCAGUGGAGAAGAGGAGGGCUCACUGUCUGAAUGGACACAUACCUUUCCCGGGAAUAAAGACGUACAUUGACCCCGACACCUAUGAGGAUCCCGCCCAAGCAGUCCACGAGUUCGCCAAGGAGAUCGACCCCUCCCGCAUUCGCAUCGAGAGAGUGAUCGGAGCAGGUGAAUUUGGGGAGGUUUGCAGCGGGCGACUCCGAAGUCUCGGUAAGAGAGAGAUAUCCGUGGCCAUAAAAACCCUGAAGGGCGGGUACGUGGAGCGGCAGAGGAGGGACUUCCUGCGAGAGGCGAGCAUCAUGGGCCAGUUUGACCACCCCAACAUCAUCCGACUGGAGGGCGUCGUCACCAAAAGUCAACCAGCAAUGAUCGUGGUGGAGUUUAUGGAGAAUGGGUCCCUGGACUCUUUCCUAAGGAAGCAUGACGGUCACUUCUCCGUGAUCCAGCUGGUGGGCAUGCUACGCGGCAUCGCCUCAGGCAUGAAGUACCUCUCAGACAUGGGCUACGUCCACCGCGACCUGGCCGCCCGCAACAUCCUGGUCAACAGCAACCUGGUGUGCAAGGUGUCCGAUUUCGGCCUGUCCCGGGUGCUGGAAGAUGACCCAGAGGCAGCCUAUACCACCACGGGGGGAAAGAUCCCUAUUCGAUGGACAUCUCCAGAGGCCAUCGCCUACAGGAAGUUCUCCACAGCCAGUGACACGUGGAGCUAUGGCAUUGUCAUGUGGGAGGUGAUGUCAUACGGGGAGCGGCCCUAUUGGGAGAUGUCAAACCAGGAUGUGAUCCUGUCCAUAGAGGAGGGCUACCGUCUGCCAGCGCCCAUGGGCUGUCCUGUGGACUUGCACGAGCUCAUGCUGCACUGCUGGCAGAAGGACAGGAGCCUGCGACCCAGGUUCACUGACAUAGUCAGCUUCCUGGACAAGCUCAUCUGCGACCCCAGCAGCCUUCUGACCCUGGUGGAGGACAUGGAGAGUUUGCCGGAGUCCCCAGGAGAUGUUUCUGACUACCCCUUGUUCAUCUCCAUUGGUGAUUGGCUGGACUCUAUUAAAAUGAGCCAAUACAAGAACAACUUCUUGGCUGCAGGCUUCACCACACUGGACUCCAUCGCCAGGAUGAGUAUUGAGGACAUCCGGCGUAUCGGGGUGACUCUGAUUGGACACCAGAGGCGGAUAGUGAGCAGCAUACAGACGCUCCGGCUGCAGUUAGUCCACGUCCAGGAUAAAGGCUUCCACGUAUGAGACUCCAGACCGACAGCCCUCGUACCUCAGCACUCUACCCAGAGGUAGACUGCCUACUGCACGCACGAGGCCUGACUCGUCUCCAAAACGCAAACUGGCGUACACAGACCGCCAGCAAAUGAACUCAACAAUAAAGACUGCUUUUUUUAUAAGCCACUGUUUUAGUUAAAAGAGGGGAGACUGGGUUUCUACCGACGGAUAGUUUCUAAAAGUUAACCGUAAACAUCGCUGCAAUGAGUAUUUUCCAGAACAGCAAACUUAUAGGCUUAAACAAACGUAUGGUACAUUUGACAACAAAAUCUUUCUUUCUGUUUUGUGACCAUGUAGCUGCUAUCAAAUGUGCAAUCGGAGGAUUUUGCUUGUUAUAUUUAUCAUUUUUCAAAUUUAACACAUUACAAAGGGGAGGCGGGGGUGUCCUUAUUUGUAACUUAUUCCCGGAAUUGCAAUACUUGAAAAAUGAAAGAGCCAAUCAUGAAGUCAAUUUCUGAAUGUGAACUUUUAAGUGUUUUAUCAAUAUAGCAAUUAUCUUAAAGUGAUAUUUAUAUAUGUGGAGUCUUGUAUGUGAAAGCCCUGGUACAAUUUGCAAACAAUUUUAUUGUUAUGUUGACUACAACUUCCUUUAAAUCAGCAAUAUAUGCAGGUAUUUCUGGAACAAAAAAUAUAUAUUUAAAAGCAUAUUUGCAAGCGCAGUCCUAAGUAAUUAAUUGUGCACCCAUCUCAGACCAUUCAUUUUAAGAUGUUUUCUGUUUACUAAGAAAGGCAAAUGUAAAGAGCCAUAGAGUUGCGGUGCAUAUUCAGAUAACUAUCUAUCUGUGACUGAGGCAGCUGGGUCCAAUAAAUAUCAUUAGAAAGAAAGCUGGUUCAGUGUGCCUUCACACAGAAUCUGGUAGUGUAUAGUAACAGUUUAGGGACUGCGUUUAUAACCACAGGUUUACAACUCAGACCAGCAAAUUACCCCUGAAAGAAAGUGAGUAAUCAGAAGUCUUAAAGCUGGGAGGUUUGGUGCUAUUUGGAAGUCAUAGGAGAAUAGUUGUUUUAACAUUGCUGAAAAAUUGUCUAGUUUUCUUGUGGGUAAAUCAGAGUUUAUGGUUGUUGAAACACGGAUUAUGCAGGGUAGGCACCAGCUAUGUGAGAGAACAAGAGAAAGAUAAGUAUGGAGAAGUACUUGCAUACACUCAUUGAGCACUUUAUUAGGUAGACCAGUACACCAGCUUGUUAAUAGAAAUAUUUAAUCAGCCGACCAUGAGGGAGCGACUAAAGGAAUAAAAGCAUGCAGACAUGGUCAAGAGGUUAAGCUGUUUUUCAGAACAAAUGUCAGAAUGGGGAAGAAAUAAAUGUGGAAGUCUAAGUGACUUUGACUGUGGAAUGAUUGUUGGUGCAAGACAGUGUGGUGUGAAUAUCUCAGGUGGUGUGAAACUGCUGAUCUCCUGGGAUUUUCACAAAUAACACUCUCUAGAGUUUGCAGAGAAUGCUGCGAAAAACAAACAAUGUCCAGUGAGCAGUAGUUCUGUGGGCAAAAACAAGUUGUUAAUGAGAGGGGUCAGUGGAGAAAGGCCAGUCUGGUCAGAGCUGACAGGAAAGUGACAGUAACACAAAUAUCCACACAUUACAACAGUGGUAUGCAGAAGAGCCUCUCUGAGCACACAGCACGUCAAACCUCUUAAGUAGACAGGCUACAGCGGCAAAAGUCUAAUACAUACCUAAUAAAGUGCUCACUGAGUAUAUAUGCGUAUACACUAGACCUGGGUCAAAUACAUAAUUCAGUAUUUCAUAGGUUCCAAUGCACCAGACAAGCUCAGUAAAGCAUUGGAAAGUAUUUUAAUCCAAAACAAUAAUAUAUUUGCUCCUCGUCCAGUACCUGUAUACACACAGUUGCACACAUACACAUACACACAAAUAUCAAGAAGCACCUUGAUAUGUCCCUCGGAUUAAGAGACAAGCACAUAUUUUCAGGACAGCAAGAAUGAGAGGUGAUCCAUAGCUGGUGUUCACUGUAAGACUGCUUGGCCUUCUCAUAUAAGAUGGUUGAACACACAGAAAGAAGAAUAAUGCCAUGUAGCAUGUUACUGCUGAGCCAUGGGAGGUUUCUUUGUACAAAGUACAAGUAUUAUGAUUAAUGUGUUUUAUUUUUGUAUGGUUUCCAAAGAGGCAUCAUCAGGUAAUGGAGACUAUUAUAUGCCUGUUUAUGAGUAUAUUUGUUCAACAAUAAAAGUUGAGUUCAGUGCUGUCA